CGAAACAGUCGCGGGUCAGCGAGCAGUGGCAGCUGGCCCACGUUCCUCAGACAUCCGCUGCCCUAUGCGUCCUGAAGCCACGCUUUCCGUCGACACGAUCCCCUCUCCAGUAUGCCGAGCGUCACCCGAACGAAGUUAGCAUAGAAGUCCCCACUAUUUGCGACGGUUCGAUCCCGUCAGGAGAGUCUCUCCUUGAUGCGCCCAGCUUAUGAUCGUUUACGACGCCCGCGCCGCGCAUAGGAACCCGCCGCCGCCCCUGAGCGGAGUGGAUCGGCCUCGUUGCGAUGCUGCUGUCCGCGCCACCCGUCAGCGCUCUUCGCCUCUCCCUCACCUCCUGCCCGCCUCGCCACCAUGAUCGCCUGCCUCUCCGCUGCCUGCGCUGCACCGCCGCCCACGACGAGCGGGGCGGGAGUAAAGCAGGUUUUGGGGGGGGGCUGCGUGCUGCGACAGCCGGGUGUGGCGGCACGCGCGAGGGGUGGCGGCAGGUGCGCGUGUGGCUGGUCAGCCCAGCAGCGGCGGAGAGCGCCCGCCACGCGCGAGGCCCACGGGGACUCACUCGGCGCCUUGCCUUGGGCACAGGCUCCAGCAGCCCGCGCCCAGCGGGUUUCAGCCUGCAUCGCGCGCGCCGCCUCCGCCUCCGCUGCCGCCUGCACGCAGCAAUGCUCGCGUCGCCUCCGCACGCGCCCUUCCCUCCCCGCCUUCGCCGCAGAGCCGUCGGCCGGCCGCCCCCGCAGUGGCGGCAGGUGAUGGCCGCCGCGUCGGCGCGCGCUGACCUGCUGGCUGCGUGGCGCGCGCAGGAGAGCGCGCAGGGGGAAGCGGCUGACGGGGAUGGCGCGAUGCGCACGCGGCAGGGCAUCGGGUUCUGGGCGGGGGACAAUGCGCACGAAAAGGGAUGGCGCAGCGGGGAGGAGGCGCGGGAAGAGCAGCGGGCGGUGGGGCAGGCGGAGGGGGAAGGAGGCGCGGAGGAGGGGGAGGAGAGCGAGGCGGAGAAGGAGAAGCGGCGGAGAGGACGCAUCAGCCAGGCGAACAAGGGGAAGGUGCCGUGGAACAAGGGCCGCCAGUGGAGCCCAGAGGUUCGAGCGAAGAUCCGCGAGAGAACGAAGCAAGCCAUGAGUGACCCCAAGGUGCGCGAGCGGCUUCGCGACCACGGGCACACUCAAAGUGCGGAGACGCGCUCGUUGAUCCGCGAGCGCAUGCGAGUGGCGUGGCAGCGCAAGAAGGAGGAGCGCCUGGCGGCCGGGGCGCUGCAGGCGGAGUGGCGGGCGGCGUUGGCGGCGGCAGCGCGCGUGGGGCUGGCGGGCGACCGCGAGCUGGUGCGGUGCGGCAACGGGCGCAUCCUCUACAAGGACCAGGUGCUCGCACGGGCCAGGGGGGACCCGCCCACGCGCGCCAGGCACAGGGCGGCGCGCGCGGGAGAGCGCGCACACAAAGGGGGCGGUGCCCGCGUUGGCACGGGCCGGGAUGCUGGAGGGGGGAGCGGGAGCGAGGGCUCGGCGGCUUCAAAGGGGGGAGAGGCGGGAGAGCGGUCGGCGAGUGGGGGAGGGGGCGAGAAGCGCGCGCCGGUGAGGCGGGGCGGGCAGAGCGAGGAGCACCGGCAGCGCAUAUCCGCCGCCAUCAAAGCCAAGUGGGCCGACCCUGAGUACCGCAGCAAAGUGGCACUUGGCAUGAGGGCCGUGCAGCGCUCCCAGUCGCCCGCCACCGCCUCCACUGCACCGCCUGCCGCCACGCUGGCUGCCACGCCCAGGGCGGGCAGAGGGGGCGCGGAGAGGCGCAGGGCAGAGCGCGGGCCUGCCAGCGAGCGCAGCGACGGCAGGAGGCACGCCGCUGCCGCCGCCGCCGCCACAGCAGCAGCAGCUGCAGGAGCAGAAGCAGCGGGGGCGCAGGGGGCGGAGGGAGGAGGCGAGGGUGGGGAGGGCGCAGCAGGGAGGGGCUCGGAGGAGGAGGUGGUGGUGGUGCGCAACCCAGACGAGGCGUUCGUGCAGGCGGUGAUGGCAGGGGAGAGCGCGGGCGCGCAGGUAGGGGGCGACGGGCAGGGCGCUCAGCCCAGCGCAGGGCAGGCGCAGGGGGAGGGGGAUGGGGCGGGCGUGCGGUUCAAGCGAGUGGUGAUCGUGCGGCAGGCAGGCAGCAGCGAGGCACAUGGGGGGGCGCAGGCAGAGACGAGCGGAGGGGUGGCUGUGCAGAUGGGCACACUAGGGACGGGUGACUUGCAGGUGGACGAGGAAGGGGAGAAGGAAAUGGAGGGAGAGGGGGAGGGAGAGGGGGAGGGAGAGGGAGAGGAUGCGGAGGAGGAAGAGGAGGAGGAGGUGGUGGAAAGCGAUGUGGAGGAUGUCAGGAGUUGGGCCGGUGGAGAGAGUGGUUGGGGUUUUAGGGUGGUGGACGGGAGGCAGGCGAAGGAGGGGAGUGAGUGUGGCGGGGGUGCAGGGGAGGGCGGAGUGAGAGGUGGGAUGCUCGAGGGAGUGCAGGCAGGCAAUGGCGCGGCCACCCGUCGUCCUGAGUCGCCCUCUGUGGCAUCCGUUCCAUCGCAGGGAACGCCCUCUCCUGCUGCCCACCACAGGCGGAUGGCUCGCCAGCUCAUAGCCAGGCGGCGCCGCCAGCUGGCAGACAGGGCAAGGGUGUUGAUGCGGGAGGCGCAGCGCAUGGCGGGGGCGGUGGAGGCGGGGGGGGCGGUGCGCGACGCCACGGCCAUGGCGGCGCUGCUGGAGACAAGGCGCCUGCUGGACCAGGCGGCGCGCGCCGUGGCACAGGCAGACCUGCCGGGCUCCCAACCGCACGCUCCCACGCAAGCCCAGGGAGCGCCCGGGGGGGACUGGCGUGCUACGUUGAAUGGCAGCGGCAGUGGCAGUGGUGCUGGCGCCAUGGGUUGGCGUGCAGUUGAGCAGGGGCAGGGCGGGGAGCAGGCUGGAGGAGCAGAGGGAGAGGCGCAGGGGGCAGGGCGAGGGAACAGUGCAGGGCACAGGGCAGAAGCAGAGGCAGGGAGGGAGAGGGUGGUGGCGAGCAGGGGUGGGGGGCUGGGCAAUGGGGGGCAAGGGGGCGGAGCAGGCAGCAGCAGCACAGUGAGGGGCGAAUGGGCUCCAGUGGGAGGGGAGGACGAGCGGAUGGAAACGAAUGGUGCAUGGAUAAGUCAAGGUGGUGCGAAUGGGCGAGGGGGGGAGGGGCGGCUGGAGUGGGGGGAUGCAGAGUCAGGCGGGGGAGCAAGGAAGCCUGUGCCCAUGCCCGUGGAUGCGCUUGCAGGUGCUGUGGCAGGCGGGGUGAACGGCACGGUGAAGCACGGGGGUGCUGGAGACGAAUGGAGGGGGGGACUAGGAGGAGACGAGUUGGUGGGUAGGGAGGGGGGUGAUGAGGCAGUGCAGGAGGGUGAUGCACAGGGAUUGGAAGGCAUGGCUGCGGAAAGCAGUGCCGGGAGGUCGGGGACUGUGCCAGCAGGGGCACUGCCUCCUCAACAGACCCCUCUCAUCCCGCCGCCACCACCAGCAGCCACUGCUGCUCAUCACAGCUCCUCUCCAGCCCACCCACCCGCCUUACAGCCUCUUGCUGCACCCGCCCCUGACCUGCCAGCGUCACCACCCACACCCCCUCCCACAACCCUAUCGCCCUCAACCCCUCCCGCUGCUGCUCCAUGUGGCAUGCUGCCCGCCCCGCCCCAGCACUCCCAGGCGGCUCUGCCUCUUGCUCCUCCCCCAGCCACCCCCGCCCUGCUGCCUGCUGCUGCAGCUGCCAGUGCCGCGCUGCCCUCUGGGCGUGGCCACAGGAGGGACGCAGCUGAUGGGGAGGAGCAGAGCGAGCGGGCGGACGAGGUGGCUGGGGGGAGCGGCGUGGAGAGAGGGAGGGCUAAGGGAAGACAGCGAGGUGGGAAAGGUGGUGGGAAGCAGUGGGUUGAGGGCAGGCUGGUUGCUGUCAUGGACUCGGAUUGAUGGUGUUUUGCGUGAGGAAGGAUUGUGGGGUAGAUAGUGGCACGAAGCGACGCGAGGGACAUAUUUUACCCGUAGAUAUGCAGUGUCACAUGGAGUAAGCAGUGGUGCAAAGUAGGACACAUGCUGGUAAGCUGCAAAAGUGGAGCCGCAGGGAGUUUCGGGGUUAUUGAAGGCGCAAGCACACAAUAUCCAGUCACAAAAUGCAGAAUACCGAAGCAUCUGCUGGCUAUUUCAGUGCUCAUCGCAUGUGACAUGGACAUCUUGAACCGCUCUAGAAUGAUUUCCAUAUGGCACAGCCGCAUACCGGUGGUACCGUAUUUCGUUAGGUUGGUACCCGUAUUCCCCCGUAUAUAAGACCCGCUGAAAUAGUCAGCCCACGGGUGGCUUAUGCGGGGGAUAGCUUAUGAUAUGACGCAUUUUUGAGAGUACCCGCUUUUUUGGGUUUGCAUUUUAC